CUUUGACCUCCGAGCAGCUGGCGAUGGAUACGGACAGCUGACAGCCGAGUGUCUCCGUAUGUCUCAGCUGAAGACAAACUCUGAGCUCUCUGUCUCCGACCGGCCGACCGACAACAUCGACCAACAUGGACAACGCCGACAACCUGUUCCACCCGAGCCUGGCAGCCGCUCUCAUUAAACUCGACCCGGAGGACGGCGAGCAGAUCGUGGAGUAUUUAAAAACUCAAGCCCUGCUGGCGAGAGAGAAAGCCCUGCUGCAGGCGUCAGUCAGAGAUCAGAAGAAGCUGCUGGUGGAAAACGGAAAACUGAAGAAAGACAUCGAGCAGCUGAGAACUCAGCUGCAUGACAAACAGAGGAGACGCACCGCCAAAGCGUUGCUCUCUCCGGCCACGCCUCCUCCAUCUAUUAGCCCCGCCUCCACAACACCUGUCAAUCAACCCCCCUCCCCUGCUGGAGCAUCACAUGACCGCAGAGACAGACAGAGCAGGAGGAGGAGAGGAGAGAGGAAAGCUCGUCCCACCUCUGACCCUCUCUCGUUGGAGGCGGAGCCUCGCGUUGACGUGUCACGACUGGACCUGCGGGUCGGACGGAUCCUCAGCGUCCGCCGCCACCCGCUGGCCGAGGCGAUGUCUGUCCAGGAGGUAGACGUGGGCGAGAACGCCCCACGCACGGUCGUCAGCAAGCUGGGAGAGAAAACACAGCUGGAGGAGCUCCAGGGCGGUCUAGCUGUGUUGCUAUGCAACGUGAAGGCCUGUAAGCUGAGGGGCGUGGUCUCUCAGGCCCGCCUCCUCUGUUGCUCCACCACUGAUGACGCCGCUGAGCUGUUGACUCCGCCCACAGGCUCCUCCCCCGGAGACAGAGUCACCUUCCUCACCUACCCGGGUGAGCCGGACAGAGAGCUGCAGUCCAAGCAGAGAGUCUGGGAGCUCCUUCAGCCCGACCUGCAGGUCGACUCGAAGGGCGUCGCCAACUAUAAAGGCUGCGGGUUCGAGGUGAAGGGGAAGGGGCUGUGCAGGGCGCCCUCCCUCACCGGCUGCGUCAUCAGAUAGACGCAGCGAGGGGCCACAUCGUACAGGACGACGCUGAUGAAGACGUGAUGUGCACCGGAGUACUUUUAUUGUGAAAAGCCGUCUCCUGGUGCCGUUAGCUAACACGAGAAGAAGAGAAAAUCAUCUCAUUCAAGUUGCAUCACUGUUGUUUAUUGAUUAAAAAUGUGAAACCACAA